AUGGCAAUUACCUGUUUAGGUAAUUUUCUCUUAAUUUUCAGUGGGAUUGAGUUUCCUGUUUGGCUGAUGAAUGUGCGGUUUCAGAUGAAUUGUUUGAAUGGGUGUGUCAUACAGGUUGAAAAUGAUGUGUAGGAAUUUAUUUUGGAUUCUUUGAAUCUUACUAAUGUGAGACUGCGGCUGCAGCCCAGAUUUGAUGGAUACAUUAUUAUUGGCCUAACGCAUAUCUUAUAUAAGUUUAGUUUGAUAUUUGUUUUGAAUUGUUUCUGUGAAUUAGUUGGUAUAGUUUUCUGAGUGCGAGGAAAGCUAGAUUUGCUCUUUUAGUGUUUGCUGGAACCCAGGUAACUUUAACAUAUAAUAGUACGCCAAGAUACCAAGUGGGAGACCAAGGGAUGUGAUCUGCGAUGAAAAUUUGAUUUGUGGGUUUAGGUUAGGUUUAGAUUAAUUUAAUCUCUCAUGUGAAGGCAAUAGCUUGCGUUUGGUUAAUUUUUAGUUUCUAGUUUGUGAAGUAAUCUUGGAGUUGAUUAAGGUGUGCUUGAAUAUACUUGGCUGUGUUUUUGUAACUCCGGUAAUAACUAAUGAGGUAAAGAUGGCGGUGUCGUCUGCGCAGACAGGCCAAGUGGCAAUUUUGAGUGCAUGGGAUGUCGUUUAUAUGGAUAACACUCGUGUUCUAAUGCUGUUCAUCUUGUCAUUGACAAUAACUGCAAUUAUGUGUCAGCGGUUUCAGUACAGUGAUGGCUGGACAAAUGGAAAGAGAUCCACCCCGUCUGUACUGGAAGAAGUUGUAAAUUCUGCCAGCAAGAAUGCAGAUCAAUCAGAUAAUAUCCUUGUUGAUUGCGAGCUACAGAAGUUGAAAUUAUUGCUUCAAGGAAAAAUUAACAAUGCACUGUCUCAGUUACCCUGUGAACUGCUUAGUUCAACAAAAAAAGAAAGCUUCCCUGAAAAUAUGAUAAACCAUUUCCGUAGGCAGCCUACUCUUGCCAAUAAUAAUGACUAAUGACUAACAAUAUUAUCAACAUCGUAGAAGUUUUAAUUAAUUGUGAAUUACAUAUUAUCAACAUUGUAGAAGUAGAAAUGAAUUGUGAAUUACAUAUAAUCAAAUAGAGCAACUUA